CUACUAUAAAUAACAUUUGCUCCUCUUCUUCUAAUUUCACACAACAUUCGUCAACUACAAACAAAAACAUUACUUCCUCUUGUUCAUUUCAAAACCAAAAAUCAAAGUUUCUAAGCAUUCGAGUGAAUUCAGAAAAGAUGGUUUUGUCUAAGACAGCUUCUGAAUCGGAUGUCUCAAUCCACUCAACUUUUGCUUCUCGUUACGUCCGCAACUCUCUUCCACGAUUUGAGAUGCCUGAGAACUCAAUCCCAAAGGAAGCAGCGUACCAAAUCAUCAACGAUGAGCUAAUGCUCGACGGUAACCCGAGGCUUAACCUAGCUUCAUUUGUGACCACAUGGAUGGAGCCAGAGUGUGACAAGCUCAUGAUGGAGUCCAUCAACAAGAACUACGUCGACAUGGACGAGUACCCUGUCACCACUGAGCUUCAGAACCGAUGUGUCAACAUGAUCGCGCGUCUCUUCAACGCGCCGCUCGGUGACGGUGAAGCAGCCGUUGGUGUCGGAACCGUGGGAUCGUCCGAGGCGAUUAUGUUGGCCGGUUUGGCUUUUAAGAGACAGUGGCAGAAUAAGCGUAAGGCCCAAGGGCUUCCUUAUGAUAAGCCCAACAUUGUAACCGGAGCCAAUGUCCAGGUUUGCUGGGAGAAAUUCGCAAGGUAUUUCGAAGUGGAGCUUAAGGAAGUGCAUCUGAGAGAGGACUAUUACGUGAUGGACCCUGAAAAGGCGGUCGAAAUGGUAGACGAAAACACAAUCUGCGUUGCGGCCAUCCUCGGUUCGACUCUAACCGGUGAAUUCGAAGACGUAAAGCUCCUCAACGACCUUCUUGUCGAGAAAAACAAGCAGACCGGAUGGGACACGCCAAUCCACGUGGACGCAGCGAGUGGUGGGUUUAUCGCACCGUUCUUGUACCCGGAGCUGGAGUGGGAUUUCCGCCUACCGUUGGUUAAGAGCAUCAAUGUGAGUGGUCACAAAUAUGGUUUGGUUUACGCCGGUAUCGGUUGGGUUGUCUGGAGAACCAAAACCGAUUUGCCUGAUGAACUUAUCUUCCAUAUCAAUUAUCUUGGCGCUGAUCAACCCACCUUUACACUCAACUUCUCCAAAGGUUCAAGUCAAGUGAUUGCUCAGUACUACCAGCUCAUUCGUCUUGGAUUCGAGGGAUAUCGCAAUGUGAUGGAUAAUUGUCGUGAAAACAUGAUGGUGUUAAGACAAGGAUUGGAGAAAACGGGACGUUUCAAAAUCGUAUCCAAAGAAAACGGUGUUCCGUUAGUGGCGUUUUCUCUCAAAGACAGUAGCCGCCACAACGAGUUCGAGGUGGCCGAAACGCUCCGCCGCUUCGGCUGGAUCGUUCCGGCAUACACGAUGCCCGCGGACGCGCAGCACGUCACCGUGCUCCGAGUUGUGAUCCGAGAAGAUUUCUCUCGAACCUUAGCCGAGAGACUUGUGGCCGAUUUCGAGAAGGUUCUCCACGAGCUCGAUACGCUUCCGGCGAGAGUUCAUGCGAAAAUGGCUAACGGAAAUGUUAAGAAGACGCCAGAGGAGAUGCAGAGAGAAGUCACGUCCUACUGGAAGAAGCUGUUGGAGACUAAGAAGACAAGCAAGAACACAAUUUGCUGAUCAGAUUAUUACUGUAAACUAAUACUAUUAUUUGUUUUUGUCCUUAAUUAAAGAUCCAUUUAAUUUGGACCGUCUUUUAUCUUUCAUGCUGCUUCGAUUAUUUUUUGGUUUUUAUAAAGUUUUGUGAUUUGAUAUUUGCUGAUGAAUGGUGAUUUAUUAUGUAUUUGAACUAAAUAAAUUAAUGAAAUAAAAUUUCUA